GCGACACACAUACCUGCACCUGAUCUUGACAAGCUCCUCUGCAGUUUUUUCAAAGACCUGAGAAAAAAAGAUGCCAGCGACUACAAGCUGGACAUGGUCUCCAGUUUUCAAAAGAGCAUCCAGCGCCACAUUACUGAGCAAAAACUACCCUUUAACAUCCUCAAAGAUGAGGCUUUCUCCCGUUCAAGGAGCGUCUUGGCUGCCAAGAGAAAGAGCUUAGUUAAAGAAGGACGUGGAAACAAACCGAACGCUAGCCGUGAGUUGACAGAUGGAGAAGAAGCGAAGCUCUUUGAAACAGGUGAAUUUGGAAAUCACCAUCCACUGGCAUUGCAGUGCACCCUGUAGUGGUUUUUAUCAAUGCAGUUUGGCUUUAGAGCCAGGGAUGAAAUAAGAAACCUGUGUUGGGGAGAUAUAGUGCUGGAGUGGACACCGAGACCAGCCGUGAGGUGCUAGUGUGGACAGCCGAAAGGGGAAGCAAAAUGCGCCAAGGUCUCGAAGGCGGUCAUCAAGGACAAUUCUGUCCUAAAGCGUUUGCCACUGGCACAAACAGAUGCCCUGUUCUUUAUUACAAGUUGUUUAAG